AAACAAACUCUCAAGUAUGACAUCAAGAGUGGGGGGACCAUUGAUUAGACUAUAGAGGAGAGCAGAAGCAGCAAAUGAAAUGAUGCAUCUAAAGUUAAGAGAGUAAAAAUAGACAGAACUAAAUACAAGAGAAAUACUGUUAUUACUUUGCCAACGUAUGUAAAAGAAUACAAAGAAUGAAAUCAGACAUGAUUAGUUUGCAUCCAGAACUUGAUGGGUCGCAAAGGCUUACCAAGUCACUUGAAACUGCAAUGAAGAGGUAGUCUUCAAUGUUUCCUAUCCAGAAUCAGAGCUCGGCAGCAUGUGAUAUUCUUGAAGCAAUUGUGGAUACCUCACAACAUCAUCAUUUGUGGAGGGCCUAGAAAGAUAUCAUAGAUCUAAAAUCAAGUCAACAUCAUAUCCAGAAAGUUAUCCUUCACAUCCAAUCUGGAGAGAAUGCCCUUCUUGGAUGUUUAAGAGCCGAGGUUGUUGCUAUUUUAAAAAUCAACAGGUCACUCAGUGAUAAAUGACUGAUGCAGAACCCAACUUGAGAGGCAAAAGAUACUCAAUCAAGCAGACCUUGCUGUUGCUUCUGGUGGACAAUGGUGAUGAAAUCUUACAGCAAUGACAAAUACAAUUUCUUCAAUAUUAGCAUCCACCACUGGGAUCCACAGCACACUCCAUAUAAUUCCUCACAAACACUCUUCCAGUGCUUGCUGUAGAAAAACUUAUAGAUGCUGGUCCAUCAGGUUCUCAAGGAUUUCUAACAUUAUGUCCCAAAAUCUCACACAAUAAAAAAAUGUAACUCAGCCUUAUCAAUUACAGCAAUAGAUCUGCGUGUAGAAAAUUCACCUUCUCAAGGCAUUCCCAAGAUUGAGCCAGAAUGAGAAACUGGACAAGCUGCUUGCCUUGCAAGAUUAGGAAAAU